UUUAAACAUAUGUCAGUAACUGUCAGAAAAGUUGUAACUAUUGUUUUUUAUAAGUGUAAUUUUUCAUUGAUUUACGCGAUGAUUUGAUUUGCAUUUAACUUUUUUAACGAUAGCGUCUGAUAUGAUAUGGGGCAAGAAGACAACCUACAUGCGUCUUUGGCACAUAUCGUGCUGUGUUGCGUGGCUGGUAACGGGAUUUCAGGAUGGUCUUCUGGGAAGAGUUUCACACACCCUGGCAUGCACACCAACUUCUUGAUACACGGAAUUUUGGGAAUACUUAAUUUCCAGAGCGGGACGUUCGGUGACAUUGCCCCAGCGUACGGUCUCAGCAUGAAAGCCACAAAAUAUCUUCCCUUGGCCUGCCUAAUGGCGGAUAUGUACAAAAGAGACCCCUUGAACACCAACGAUACCUUGAGUAUGGUCCAUCUUUUCUCCGGACUGAUUCCUUUCGCUCUAGCCGUCAUUGGAAAAGACAAUAAAGAAUUGGGUCACUUGGUCGUUGCUGCUAAUGUGAUCGGCCUUGGGAUUUGGUCGGUUCAGAACGGUAGAGAGUGGGGUUACUACACUACUGCCGCCGCCAUCUUAGCCUAUCUGUCUCCACACGUAGGCACCCCAGUUCUAUACCCCUUGACCUUGGCAUUUAUGGAAUAUUGUGCCAUCAGAAUGUAUAGUUGGGUACCGCCGCAGAACAGGAGGAGAUAAAAUUAUUUUGCAAUUGUUUCGUCUUUUGUGAUCAUGUUUUGUUAUGAGCAAUAAAAUU